AUGUUGAUACGACUGGAUAACCUCAUUGAGCAAGCCCGGCUCCUCAUCAAUAGCCGGCUGGACGGCCUCAAUUCAUCUCUACAUCAGCAAAUCAACCAAGCCAUCCACUCCCAUCCCGAAACCGCAUACGAAGAGUUCUAUGCUCACGAAACCAUCACCAAAUACCUCCAAGACCUCGGCUUCCAAGUGAGAAAGCAGGCCUACGGUCUCAAGACCAGCUUCGAAGCUUCACUCGGCUCUGGCGGACGCCAAGUCGUCUUUUGUGCCGAAUAUGAUGCUCUGCCAGGUAUUGGACAUGGCUGUGGACAUAAUAUCAUCUCAACGGCAUCCGUCGGCGCGUUCCUUGGUGCAGCUCACGCUCUAGCAACGUUGAAGAUCCCUGGCCGUCUUCGUCUCUUGGGAACUCCAGCUGAAGAAAACGGCUGCGGCAAGGGCGAGUUGAUAAAAGCCGGCGCCUUUGACCCUCCUGAAGAUGUCGCUGCCGCUAUCAUGGCACACCCGGUCCCUGCAUCACUGAUCGAUUCAGACACGGGCGUGGCAGGCCUGAGAUUAAUCUCCAGUCACCAGUUCCGUGUUGAAUUCAGAGGUCAUGCAGCACACGCAGGCGGAGAACCAUGGAAUGGUGUGAAUGCACUUGACGCUGCUGUGGCGGCUUAUAGCAACGUGUCUCUUCUUCGACAGCAGAUUCAUCCUGAUGAACGUAUCCAUGGUGUUAUUGAAGAUGGUGGCACAAUCCCUGGCGUCAUUCCUGAUUACACUCGGAUGCACUGGAACGUGCGAAGUCCAACCAUGGAACGAGGGGAGAAGCUGCUCCAGAGAGUCAAGGCUUGCUUGGAAGCUGGUGCAGCUGCAACAGGUUGUCAAAUCAACUACAUCUUUUCUCCAACUUAUAUGGACCUGAGAGUCAACCAAACACUCUGUAAAACCUACGUCCAAGACAUGGCACGACUUGGACAAACUGUUGCCCUAAACAUGGCAGAGCCAGCGACAGCCUCGACAGACAUGGGCAACGUAUCUUAUCUAGCGCCUAGUUUUCACGGCGCUUUCACCAUCACUUCGGACCCCAACGUGGCCAUCCAUAGUCCCAAGUUUGCAGAGGCAGCCAGCACGGAUGAUGCUCAUGCCGCGGCGAUAAAGACAGCCAAGGGAAUGGCAAUGUUGGCGAUGAGGGUAUUGAUCGAGGAGAAUGUUGCAGCUGGAGCAAGGAGAGAUUUUGAGACUGAAAAAUAA